GUAGCUUCUGUAGUUUGAACCUGGAGCAUCUGAUGAGGGCCAACGUAGAAUCCUGUUCUUUGGCAUCCGGAUGUAGAAGUUGAAUGCUUGUCGAUUCGGGUACAAGGUGGGUUUCCCUCUUCGUGUAUGUUAGAAUGACUAAUGAGAGACUCUGGAGUCCACUCAUGGAUCAGCUGCACUUUUCAGUUUCUCUUUGAAGCAGAUUAGUCUGUUUCCAAUGAAAAAAUUAAUUACCUGGCCAAAGGGCAGGGUCCAAGCUAGUAUGGUAUUGAUUAGAAAAGAGAGUAAUCCAUGUAAUGGAGAAUUGGUCAAGUUCUCAUCUUAGUUGAUAAUUUUUAUUUGCCCUCUUUCUUGACAGCUACUGGAUCUUUAGACUAUAGAAGCUAGAAAAAGAAAACAGAAAUAAGGAAAAAAGAAGAAUCCCUCUCCUUCAAGGAUUGUGUUUUAUUAAUGUGAGUUCUUCCUCACUCUCCUAGAUAGGGGAACAUGUAACUGCUUUUCCAAAUUGCUUGAGUGUAUAUCUGAUGAAACUUUUAGCACAUCCCAGUUUAGGGUUUCUCCACUUUCUUGGUCCAAGUUAUGGUGCUCUAGUACUGCUGGUAUGUUCCCAUGUAGCUGCUGAUUAUUUUCAACCUCUUCUUCCUCGUAGGCCUCAUAUAAAACAAUUUGUUUAUCCAUGAUUGUGGGUGACUCUGCAACUUUUCCAUUGGUAGCAGAAUCAAGCUUGGUGCUUUUUUCAUCACUUUCCGAUUCUGAGCUGCUAGUGUCGUGAUCAUCUUGGUAGUAGUGGUGAGAUCUGGAUCUUGAGAGCUCGAUUGCAGCUCUAGCAGCUGUGACUGCAUAAGCUGCUGAUUCAAAAGCUUCCUGUGCAGCAGCUGCUACAUCUGUAUACUUGUUUCUUGCUCUUAACGGCUCAGACGAAAGCUCUUCAUCUGGGAUUGAACUUUCUUGCUUCAUUUGAUGAUUAUCGGCGAUGUCCUUUCUCAUUAUCUCAACUGCAUGUGGUAGAUGAUCAUGGAGUUUCAAAUCGAGGGUGAGAUGGACCUCAGAAGCAAUGCUUCUCAACAAUUCAAUACUGCUUUCCAAGGUUGUCUGCCUUGCUGAGAGCUUCUGGAUGAUCUUAGCCAAUAAAGAGAAGAGUUGUUUCAGAAUUGUUGUUUAAUUGGAAGAUGCCACGAAUCUCUUGCAGUUCAGGGAACUCUGCACACCUCGAAGAUGCAAAGAUCAAGCUUGAGAUUGUCUCCUUCAGCUCAUCUGGGCAUUCUCUUCACAAACAGAAACAAGGAACCUGCAGUAGUUCUCCAUCAUGUCAAGCGCAUCGAGCAUGUUUCGAUCCUUCACCACAAACUCUACCUGCAAAAAGUGGGAAAAGGAAAAAUGGUGAAACUAAGAUCCUGAUGUGGAGGCAAUUUCCAAUAAGGGAAUGAAGGUUACGCGAAUGAGUGCUCUUUCGUGUUGUUGAAGUUUCAGGAUGUCGACCACAUCGGACCUGGCCUGUGAAUACCGAGCUUGCCUCUGCUUUCUGAGGAUGGUGAUCCUUGAGACAGCAAGGUUUGUUACAACCUUCAAUUUGCAGGCUCUGAAGUUUCUCCCCAGAAGAGCAUCCAGUUUUCUACCCAUGUCUCCCUCUGUUCCUUGUUUUGCUUAUGGUGUCUGGUCAAAACUUCAGGCCUUUGUCCAGGCUAGCUAGUGAGGUUAAGUUAUUGAUUACUUGAUUGUUAUAUAUAAGGGGGGGCAUUCAGAUUUUGUCUAGGCUAAUAACAAUUAGGAACUUGGUCUGUGACCAUUAUCUUCCAUCACAGUCGUUUGCCUGAGUAUGCUUAUUUGUGACAGCAAUUUCAAUGACCCAAUUGGCUGGAUUCUGGUGUCUUCUGUGGAAGGUCUUUUUAUCUCCAUACCAUCCAGCUUUGAAUUGUGAUAAAAAUAAUAUUUGUAAAAGUGGUAAACUAAUGUAAACUGCAACGGU